AUGGAGAUUGUUUAUGUUUAUACGAAGAAACGCUCAGAGUUUGGGCGACAAUGCAACUUCUCAGACAGAAUUGCUGAGUUGCAUGUAGACAUCCCACCUGAUGACAGCCUUCUACAAAAUUUCAUUGAGCGAAACCCCAUUGACAUUGGCAUUCAGAGUGUCCAAGAAAUGUCAGAACAUGAAGUGAACACGGAACGGUUUGAGACCAGUGUUCGAGGAGUUAACCACACAGAAGGAGGCUGGCCAAAAGACAUCAACCCUAGUGAGGUGGAACAGGUCACACGUUACAGGAAAAAAGUAGAGAAAGAGGAAGGAUACGUCAGUGCCAUACAGGAGCUGGGAACGAUGAUGGAGCACUGCAUCAAACAGAACAAUGCUAUAGACAUCUAUGAGGACUACUUUGAGGACUUAGAUCUGGCCCAAGAUUGGAGCCCAGCUGCUUCAGCCAAGACCAUCAAUGUCUUUAGAGAUCCCAGUGAAGUCAAGCGUACAGCCACCUACAUAUCCUGGUACCCGGAUGGUCCCAGGAAACUGGCUGUAGCCUAUUGUAAUCUGCGCUUCCAGAGUUCUCCGCCAGGGACCAGCAUGGACUCCUAUAUCUGGGAUGUUGAAAAUCCCAACAAACCAGAAAUGGUCAUCAAGCCUGUGUCUCCGCUGGUGUGCCUGGAGUACAACCCCAAGGACUCCCAUGUCUUGAUCGGAGGAUGCUACAAUGGGCAAAUAGCUUUCUGGGAUACCAGGAAGAGUUGCCAGCCCAUGGAGCUGAGCCCGGUGGAGCAGUCACACAGAGAGCCUGCCUACAAGGCUUUAUGGAUCCAGUCCAAAACCGGCACCGAGUGUUUCUCCACAUCAACAGAUGGCCAGGUGCUGUGGUGGGACAUCCGUAAGAUGGGCGAGCCCACAGACCGCAUGUACCUGGACAAGAAACAGGAGUCCCACAAUGCACAGGGAGCAUAUUGUUUAGAAUAUGAACCAACUCUGCCGACCAAGUUCAUGGCAGGGACUGAGCAAGGCAGCAUCAUCUCCUGCAACCGCAAAGCCAAGACUCUGACAGACAAGAUAGCAGCCAUUUUUACAGGCCACACAGGUCCAAUUUGGUCGGAGGACAUCAGGGAAUCAUCUAUCAUUUGGACCAAACAAUACUCAUCUUACUUGACAGACGGAUGUUGGAGUCCUUUAAGGCCUAGUGUUUUCUACAUCACAAAGAUGGAUGGCACCUUGGAUGUCUGGGACAUCAUCUUUAAACAGAACAGCCCGGCCCUGAGCCUUCAGGUGUGUGAUGUCCCUCUACACAGUCUGCGGAUAAAUGAGUCUGGAAAGUGGAUUGCUACUGGGUCUGAAGAUGGCACAACUACCUUGCUGGAGCUGUCUGAAAGUCUGUACACACAGGCACGCAAUGAGAGAAGUCUGGUCACCAGUAUUUUUGAGAGAGAGACUAGGAGAGAAAAAAUCUUGGAUGCCAGACACAGGGAAAUUCGUUUGAAGGAGAGAGCCAAGACAGCUGGAUCUAAGCAUGAGGCUGAUGAAGAUGUAGAGAAGGAAGACAGUACAAACUUCAUCGACGAGGACUUGUAUUCAAAGGCUGAGAGUAACUUUUUUAGCAUCAUUGAAGAAGAGAGGAGGAAGUGGUCAGCCACAGAUGAAAAGAUUGAAGAUGUUGGCAGAAUGUCAGCUGACAGUAACCACCAAGAAAAGACAAAUGGAUAUCCAGAAUGUCCAGACAAGGACUGA